AUGGCAGUGGAUGUCCCAGGACUGGUGUCUGUGAUAGUUUUUUAUAUUUUCAUUCUGGUAAUUGGAGUCUGGGGCUCGAAAAAAUCCAAGAAAGUGGAGAAGACAUGCAGUGGCAGCAAGAGUGAAGUUUCCAUCGUUGGUGGUCGCAACAUCAAUGUCCUGGUUGGGAUUUUUACUAUGACAGCAACAUGGGUUGGUGGAGGUUACAUUAUGGGAACUGCUGAAGCUGUUUAUUCUCCCACUCAAGGUCUCAUCUGGGCCCUGGGGCCCCCUGCCUAUGUUAUCAGUUUUCUUCUGGGGGGGCUGUUUUUUGCCAAACCUAUGAGGUCGAAGCGCUACGUCACUAUGUUGGACCCUUUUCAGCUUCGCUAUGGCAACAUAUUCACUGCAAUACUCUUGUUUCCAGCUCUGGUCAGUGACAUAUUAUGGGUUGCCUGCAUCCUUGCUGCUUUGGGAGGAACAAUGAACAUAAUUCUUGGGCUUUCGUCUUCGCUCUCCAUCAUCAUCUCAGCAGCUGUCUCCAUCAUCUACACGUUUCUUGGGGGCCUCUACUCAGUUGCAUAUACUGAUAUUAUCCAGCUUUGUUUUAUCUUUGUCAGCCUGUGGCUUUGCAUUCCUUUUUUGGUGCUCAGUCCUGCAGUUACUGCCAUCUCACAAACACCUCCCCUCAACCAAUCACAUGGUGGGCACACAUGGUUGGGAGAGCUGAAGUUGGCAGACUCAGGAAAAUGGCUUGAUGAAAUGCUGUUACUGGCUUUAGGGGGACUGUCGUAUCAAGCUCUGUACCAGAGAAUCCUCUCUGCGGCCUCCUCUGCUCAGGCUCAGAUCACAUGUUUUGCUGCUGCUGGAACAGUUUUCAUUAUGGGAAUCCCCUCAGUUGUUAUCGGAGUCGCAGCUGCCUCUGCAGACUGGAACCAAACAGAAUAUGGUCUCCCCCCUCCUUUUGAACGUGGGGAUGCAGGGAAGAUCCUGCCACUUGCUCUGCAACACCUCACAACCACCUGGGUUUCAGUGAUAGGCAUUGGUUCUGUAGCUGCAGCUGUUAUGUCCUCCAUGGACUCUGCACUGCUGUCCUCAGCAUCCUUGUUUACACAAAACAUAUACAAGACAACAUUGAGGAAGAAGGCUUCUGAAAGAGAGCUGCAGUGGGUGAUCCAGAUUAGCGUGCUGCUUGUGGGCGUGGCAGGGACAGGCUUAGCCUUUGGCAAUGACAGCGUGCUUGCUCUUUGGCUUGUAAGUGGGGACCUCAUCUAUUGCGUUAUAUUCCCUCAGCUGGUCUGUGUGUUGUACUUUCAUUGUGCAAAUACUUAUGGCGCUGUUAGCGGCUUUGGCAUUGGGUUGCUGCUCCGAGGACUGAGUGGGGAGCCUCUACUUGGACUCCCUCCCAUGCUCCUGUACCCUGGUUGGAGGGAGGAAAAUGGAAUUAUCAUACAAUACUUUCCUUACAGGACUUUGGCCAUGCUUUUCUCCAUGAUAGGUAUUGUCACAGUGUCCUGGCUCAUAAACUUGAUCUUUUGUCACAAAAUAGUUCCUCAGUCUUGGGAUGUGCUGGGAGUGUUUAAAGAGAAGAACGAGAAUAAGGAGGAAGAAGUGCCCAGCCCUGAGGAACCGAACUGUGCCCUCAAUACAAAAUUUUAAGUUGAACCUCACUGCAACCCAAGAAUAUACCUGAACACAUAUCCUCUGACCAGCAGUUUGUUUUGUGAUUUGAGGAGGCAGCUGCUCCACUCGAAA